CUCGUUCCCAGGCCCUUGUCAGCAAAGGCGCAAUUUUCAUUCAUAACAAACUUAUUUGACCACGUUAGGCCAUACACAAAGGAUAGGAGACAUUGGUGUGCGUUAAAGCAUCCUAGUUCAAGAUGAGCAAACGUAAAGUCAAGCAGGAGGAUCUUCAUGAUACAGCUGACAAUAGUGAUAAUAAGAGACAACAUUUGGAAUCAAUUUCAGAGGUGGAGCAUUUACAGAAAACCCUAGAUUCAUUUAAGAGCUUCCAAAAUGAGUUUGGUCGCAUCCCUUUCUGGGCAGUAGAAAAAAUCUCAAGAGAUAGGUUAUGCCAAAGCAAACUGACUGGAAAAGACCUCCCGACCUUAAGCAAAGUAGAAGAAAGAACACGAAGAGGUGCAUAUGAAAAUGUUGAUGUAUUGCUCUCAGAUCUAACAGUGUUAGUUAGAGGAUACAAACAUGUCCUUAACUUCAAGCCAUCUACUGAAGAACAUCAAGACCUCACUAGUUUAGAAAUUCAUUUGCAAAAUUUGAAAAAGGCACAAAUAGGAAACGAUUCUGCAAGCCCAUUUCGAAUUCUGUUGGAGGCUGUUUAUGAGCUGCAGGAUGGUGAUGGUAGACCUGUUUGGGAAAUGUUUGAAGAACUUCCCUCGCGAGAUGACUAUCCAGAAUACUACCAAGUGAUAAAGGAUCCCAUAGACCUCCAGUCAAUUGACAAGAAAAUCAAGGAAAAUCGAUAUGGAGUCCUAGCUGAAGUAGAAAAGGACGUGAGUACGAUGGUGAAAAAUGCUCAUACGUUCAACGAGAGGGGCUCGCAAAUAUACAAGGAUGCAAGUUUAAUCAAGAAAACGGUGUCAAGCAAGAGAGUUGAAAUUGAAAAAGGGCUUUUAGGGGCCAAAAUAAGCGACAGAAUUCGAUCCCGACAGAUUGGCAGAACGUUUUCACACCAGUCUCAAGACUCCGAUUUAGAAAGUGUUACAACUGAAGAUGACAAUCCUGAAGGUUCAGGUCGUCGCGAUGAUCAUACCAUCCGAAUUGACGCCGACGAAGAGAAUCUUGAAAAAAUAAAUUUGUAUAACUCGGUCACGUCUUUCACAGACAGUUAUGGCCGACUUCUUUGUGAGCCAUUCAUGCGACUGCCCUCAAAACGGGCCUAUCCUGAUUACUAUAACGUCAUAAAGAAACCGCUGGCUCUUCUGAAGAUCAAGCAGAAAAUUGCAAACCAUGCUUACAAUUCUCUGGACAGUCUUGAGAAAGAUUUAGAGCUGGUAUUCUCAAAUGCCAAAAUAUACAACGAAGAAACCUCUUUGCUAUUUAAGGACGCCGUUACCUUACAAAAUUUUGUGAAAGAUCGAAGGAAGGAGUUGCAAAAAGUUGACGCUGGAGUUGCUAUUCCAAAGGCUGGAAAAGUUGAAGAAAUUGUCACCCAAGCCCAGAAAAAACGCGGCAAAAAUGCUGAAGUUGACCCCAAGGUUCUGAAGAAAAGGCUGAAACAAAUGCUCACUGCUGUUAAAAAUUAUCAGGACGAGGAAAGCCGGGUUCUGUCAGAUAUAUUUCUAGAGUUGCCGUCUGAAGAAGAAUAUCCUGAUUAUUACAAAGUCAUAAUGCAGCCUAUUGAUAUGAAUACGAUUGAAGAAAAUAUCAACAAAGGAAAGUACACGACAGAAGAAGCAUUCAUGCACGAUUUCGAGAUCUUGUUCGCGAACGCGCGUCAUUACAAUGAAGAGGAUUCGCAGGUUUAUCAAGAUUCAGUUGUUUUGGAGAAAUUAUUACGAAAGAAGAAGAGGUCUCUUGGUGCUAUUAACUCAGACGGAAGUGUUAAGCAAAGCCCAGGGAAGAAGCUUGUAUCGUCGCCAGCCAGCAGUGUCAAACGUCCCUCGAUCGCCUCAAGCCCUCCUCCUGCAAGUGAGUGCCAACGGCUUUUGCAUCACAUAAAGACGUACACAGAAAACAGUGGUCGUCUUCUUUGCACUAUUUUUGAUAAAUUGCCAACAAAAACGGAUUAUCCUGACUACUACGUGUUGAUUAAAAAACCAAUUGAUUUACUGAAGAUUUCGGCCAAAGUUGAGUCUGGACAGUACGCUAAUAUGGACGAUUUAGAACAAGACCUCGUUCUCAUGUUUGAUAACGCAUGCAGAUACAACGAGCCAGAUUCACAGGUGUACAAGGAUGCACUCACGCUGCAAAGGGAAAUGAUUCGAAAGAAGGCAGAAAUAAUAGGUGAAGCUGGAAGCGUCGUUCCGGUUGUUCAGGACAUCGUCCAAAAGCUGUUGCGUGCAUUAUUCAGUAGUGUUAUUGCCCAUAAUGAUGAAGAGGGUCGAUGCUACAGUGACUCUUUGAUAGAGUUUGAAGUGAUGUCAGAUGAAGCGGAGCCCAGUGGUGGUCCGAGCAAACCUCUCUCGUUGGAAAUUAUUGGAAAGUUGCUGGAAAAGAACUUCUACACAAGGCUUGAUCGAUUGCAAGAAGACAUUUUCACAGUUUUGCAAGGAAUACAAAAAGCGAGUCGUACUGAUUCCGAGAUGUACGAAGAUGCUACCGAACUCCAAGUUUUCUUUGUGACUCAAAGAGACACGUUUUGUAAAGACGGGCAAAUGUUUAUGUCACCUGCACUGAAUUUCACGAAAAGGAAGCUGUUGAGUCAAAUAGAAGAAGAGAAGAAAGCAAAACAAAAAGAGGAAGAAAAAGAUGACGAGAAAGUUGGAGUCGACGAUUCAAGAAAACAGUCACAAAAAGAUGAAGUUUUGAUGUCUCCUGAAGAUGAGAUGGAGUAUGUUCAUGAUAUUGUCCUUGGUACAGAAAUGUACAGACCUGGAGAUUUUGUGUAUGUAGAAACUGGCAAGGAAGAACCACACAUUGUUUUCAUUGAGAAGUUAUGGAGAGAUAAACAUGGCAACACGGGAAUGUAUUGCUGCUGGUUUUAUCGUCCUGAAGAAACUUUCCAUCUUGCUUCAAGAAAAUUCUUGGAGAAGGAGCUUUUUAGAAGCGAUCACUACAGCCACAUAUCGCCAACAAAAAUCAGCGGACGAUGUCAUGUUAUGUCCGUCAAAGAUUAUUUCAAGUUCCAGCCUGAGGGCAUCCCAGAAGAAGACAUCUAUGUUUGUGAAUCCCGCUACACGGUACGAUCAAGGAAUUUCAAGAAAAUUAAGACAUGGCCAUACUCGAGUCGUUUAAAUAUGAUUCCGCGUGCCUCGGCUCCGUCUUUGAAGCGAGUUGCCUCGGUCUUUGCCGAUGCACAAAACAGAAGUUCCAAAAACGACAAGGGUGCUUUGGCUGAAUUUGAUGAGACCACUCUGGAGGAGUAUGCAGCGAUUGACAGUCCCAAGAACGUGGAAAGGGAAACAUCAGGUGGAGACGAAGGGUGCACAUAUUAUGAGCAGUACUGCACUGCAACGGGUUGCUACAAAAUAGGUGACAGUGUGUACGUGCGCUCGGACGAAGAGUACCCUUACAUGGCCAAGAUUGACAAAAUAUGGACGGAUAGAAGUGGUGCAGCCUGGUUCCAUGGAAACUGGUAUCUACGCCCAGAAGAGGCUAAGCACAUGCCAACAAAAAUGUUCUUUGAGCAGGAAUGCUUUCAAAGUAACAUUGAAGACACGAAUCCAAUGGCUAGUAUAAUGGGCCUAUGUUUCAUCAUGCACAUGAAAGAUUACGUCGCAUGUCGCCCAACGGAAAUCCAAGAAAGGGAUGUCUAUGUUUGCCAAUCGAGAUACGAUGAAGGUGACGGAACAAUACGGAAAAUGAAAGUUAUAAAGAGACCAAUGCUGUCAAGUUUAGUGCGUGACUAUGAAUUCUACUACUUCGAUCAAUCAUACUCACCUAAAAAGAGGCCUUCGCCAUUAUUGAUGGCCCGGCCAUCGACAGCUCCAUCAAAUUCGGUUGAGGAGAUUCCAGACGAAAGCGAAAAUGAGCUUAAUGACGAAGCAAAGAAGGGUCUCAAAAGACUUCGAGAGCAGGCAGGCUUCGCAUUGUUUGUAAACGAAAUCGCAUUGAUGAUGCGAAGGAGCAACCCGGAGGUCAGCGACGAGGAAAUUCAAAGAGUUUCAAUUUCUGAGUGGCGCAACCUCACUGGCGCCAAAAAGGCUGAGCUCGAAGCAAGAGCAAGGGCACAGGGACUCCAGGCGGAAGACCCCAAUGAUGGCAGCUUGCUCAUCUACGAAUGCGGUUGGUCUGGUUGUGACUACCAGUACGAGGACAUCCAGGAUCUGAUGAUUCACGUCAUGGAAAAUGGAGGACAUCUUGGCGGAGACAACAACGAAUUCCCUUGCAACUGGAUUGACUGCAUUCGCAGCAAACGUGGUCUUCCGCCAUUCCCAACCCACUCAAAGCUCGCUCGACAUGUACGGGAAGUUCACUUCAAAGUUGCCGCCAAGCGAAUUCAACCUCAUCAAAAGAGCAGCAAUUAUUUCCCCAAGAAUCAAGCAGCCGAAAGCCGAAGUACCCCUCUUGGUGCAGACGAUCAAAGCUCAAUGGAUUCGUUCUCAUCAAGGAACCACGUGGCCCAAGCAGCUUCUCCUUUCUCAUUGCCAAAACCCACUGUCAACAGACCUCCUUCCCAAAGUGGCCUACCAUUUUCGAGCGCCUUUUCUACUGAAAUACAACUUCAGCCUUCAAUUUUACCCUUUUAUGCUAACGCAGUGACACCCCACCAGCAGCUUCUGCAACAACAACAACAGCAGCAACAGCAGCGAAUGAUCCUUACACGCACCCCGGUUCCUGUAACCACGGUCGGUUCGCCUGUGCAGCCAGGGAUACAACAAACAGGCAUGCCGCUUCAGCAAUCAUUGACGAUAGAACAACAACAAAUGCUGCUGCAGCAGAUUCAACGGCAACAGCAACAAAUUCAAAAAUUGCAACAACAACUUCAACAAAUGGCAGCGCAGCACCAGCAGCAACAACAACAGCAGCAACAACAACAGCAGCAACAACAACAAAAACAAGUAGAUGCUGAAGAAAAUCCGUUAUUUGUCGAUCCUCCGCCAAACACAACAAAGCUGAGGCACUCUGAAGCGUACUUACGGUAUAUUGAGGGAUUACGUGACGGUAAACAGUAUUUAUCUAACUGGAAUGAGCUGAGCGAAUCCCAGACGAGGUCAUCUCAACAGGGCGCUUUGCCAGUGCAUUGGCUAGGUGGUCAGACCUUUGGACAUAGCAGCGCAACCGACGCUCUCUGGUCUCUCAGGGACCAUCUGCUAAGAGACGCUGUCACUCUUUGAUUUUUCUCAGUUUCUUGAACUGUUAUCGAUACUUAUCUUUCCGUGGUUUAUUAAACCUUGUCUGUUUAAGAUUUAAUAGAAUCUUCAUUACUUUUUGUUCAGCUUAAUAUGUUAACGUUACUCGAAUACAGUAGGUUCCCGCAUAUAAGAAACCACUUUUGAAAUUGAGGCGUCAGAACGUUUAUUAUUUUAAGAUAGCUUUUUAUAAUCAGGGUUAAAGUUUCUUAUAUAUAGGUUACACAUUUUUUAAGUAAGCAACUAAGCUUUAAGUGUUGAACCGUGUUUGGUUAUGCCAAACUAUGUUAUUUAUUAUCAAAGGAGGCAUAAAGUAAUUUAUUUCCUCUGCAAAAGGUGUUUUAAAUUUCUUAUAAAUAUGCACCUUAUAAGUAUAGAGUGGUUUUUAGGAUACGGUGAGAUACGCUGUGGAGACAAGAGGUAGAAUACAGUUACAAAAUACAUAAUUCAAAAUUUAGGGGAUUAUUUUUUGGCAUACAGGAAAAAAGUAUGACGGAUCUGAAAAUAAGAAACAUUUCAAUUUCAGACCUAAAAUUGUUUCUUAUAAAAGGAGCCCUUUGGAAAGAAUUUGAGGCUGGUUUCUUAUACAAGGGGGUUUCUUAUAUGCGGGAACCUACUGUAUUUUAUGUUCUGUUUUUGUGAAUGUUUAAGUCAGAUGUUUCGUGUUGCAAAUGCAUUCAUGAUUUCAUAUCAGCAGAUCUUUGGUAGAAAGGGCAA